AUACAUACACCGUCUCCUUUAAUCCCUCUCCAUUAAUCCCAACGAUUUGUUCCCCGCAAAAAAUGAACGGCGAUCUCGAUAUCUCCGUCGACAAACUCCCGAUCAAACGGCUAGAAUUCAUCGAAGAACACGGCGCCGAACGCUUCCCUUCUGAUAUAGGAUACGAUGAGAAAACGGUGGAUUUGAUAAGAAGAAUUGAUUUUGCAUGGGCGGUGGAGAGAGAGGAGCCUAGUAAGAAGCAGAAGAAAAGCAGCAGUUCUUCUUCUUCAAAGGAAACAAGUAGCAAUCAGCCAUGGCAAUGGCAGAGUUUGGUGGAGAAUUUGCGAUUGGCUCAUCAAGAGCUUCAAGUCAUUAUCGAUCUCAUUCACACUGUUGAGGCAAACGAUGCAGUGACAGUGGCUGGCAUGACCAGACCAAAGCAAUUGCCUAACGAGCAGCUGUCAGACCUUUCUGUGUCUAUGGCUACCAAGCUGCAAUGCUUCCGUCAUUUGGGGAAAUAUUUUAAGCAAUCUGCCAAAGCUUUGGAACAUCAAGUGGCUAGAGAAGCAAGAUUUUAUGGUGCUCUUAUCAGAUUGCAGCAAAAUUGGAAGGUUAAAUGGCAUCGGCUGGUUGCUGCUGCUUCUGGAAAUGAAGGGUUUUACAUUGAUUUAUUUGACACUUCAAUGUAUGAUCCAGCGGUUGGAUUUCGUCCAUCUUCUGCAUCUGUGGUGCAUAUUGAGCAUGACCCAGCUGGGAUGCUGGCUGUGAAUUUGCCAUCAAAUUCCUGCCGUACUCUUCAAUUUGAGUUUCUUGGUGCAAGUGCACCUAGUGGUGUUGUAAAACAUAGCAGAACAAAACCUAAGGGUUCUUUUGAGGAUGCUUCUGGAGAAACCAAGAGAGAGAAAAGUGAUGACGAGCAUGUGAGAGAAACUCACUCAAUCCUCCGUGAAGUUCAUCGAGCAAUCUUUGAUGAGCAGGUGUUUGAUUUGGUUAAUCGUGAAGCAUUUAAUCCAUCUUUUGGUGCCGACGUCACAGGAAUACAAGAGAACUUCUUACGCUUAAGCAUAGGCCAAAAAGCUUCUGUGUCCAUUUCACUUGUACCAUCUACUGACGAUGAUCAGACAGCUAAUGCUGUGGGUGAUGAACAUUCUGAAACUGCUAUUGUGUCUUUUGAAUCAGUUGAUGCUUCAAAACUAGAUGAAGGGAAGCCUGACUUGAAGAAGUUGGGGUUUCCCAAUCGAAUUAGUUUUGAAAUUUAUUUGCAACAAAUUUUUCAUGAACAUGUGUUUGUAAAAGCCAAAAACAGAUUGUCAUCUUUGGGUAAACCUCAAAUAUCUGCUCAGCCCACAAAAGAUGGCCCUAAUCUUUUGGGACAUUUCUGCAUCUCUCUAGCUCAUAGGAUAUUCUCAAACAAAGUCCUUGCAGAGCUUGAAAGUCUGGUUAGCAGGAUAUCAUAUGUCCGAUUGACAUCACAUCCAACUUGGCACUCUCGAACAUCAUCAUGGACACUCUCCAUGGAUGUACCUGAGUCAAUUCUCCAUGCAGGAAGCCUGUCUCAUUCAUCUGACUAUGUAAAGAAUGUGAAAUCUCACUUUCGUACAAAAGUCGUGGUUCGUGAUGAUUGCAUCAGUCUGGAAGGGGAAGGUGCUCCUAAUGUUGUUGGCCUCUUCAAAGGAAAGCCUGAUAGUACUUGCCCUAUGAACAGAUAUGACUGUGACUUGUCAGAUCUUCCAAUGGUACUAUUGCAGCAGGUUGCCAGCCAGGUGAUACGGUGGCUUCAUGAAGAAGCCCUUAUGGUUGGUAUCAAAGCAAACCGGGAUUUCCUAUCCUUGUCAUUUGAGCUAGAGCAAGGCGAAACACUUGGUCUGGUGGCACACGUGGACCCUGAAGAUAUUCAAGGAUGCAUUUCCUGGUGGUUGGUGAUGGAUGAUGGAUUCUCCGAAGAAAGCAAACUUCAAAUGGACGUCAACAAUGGUGAAUCCGAAACAAGGAAGUCUUUAGGUCAUUUAUCUUUGGAAGUGCUAUACUCGACCUUAAUGGAUAUGGUUAGCGCAAGUAGUACUGCAGGCCAUUGAGCUGUUAGUUUUUGCACUUGCAAUCGACUAGCAGAUUUUCAUUAGUGUUGUUGCAACUAGAACUAUAUGUACAUAUUGUGUAGCUGACAAUGUCAUACAUCCAAUAGCUCAUAGCUAAAUCAUUGUGGAUUCAGUUUUGCCAGUUGCCCAUGUAAAUUGUUUGUCAGGUUAAUAUUCCAUCAGUUGGAGACACUUUAGGUACCCA